CCAGACUGCGAAUACGACAGGGUGUUUAGCUAAGUCAAAAGCCUGAAAGAGAAGAGGAUUGAUAGCCAUGCUGAAGUUCGCCAUUAUGGAGUAGGCUGAAAAUGACUGAAACCCACGGAAAUCAGAUAUGCAGUUCACUGUUUACCUUGCUCUUCUUGCGCUUGCUCACCGUUCGUGGGCCCAACCGGCUUAUGGCUACAGUGAGUAUCCUGAGCAUAGUGAUUUGGAUACAGCGGCUCAAGACCACCAUGAAGAGCAGCAUCGGGAAGACAACGAAACUCCUAUGCCAUACUCGUUCCAAUACAGCGCCAACGAUCCUGAAGGAUCCCACUCACAUUCGGCCACAUCUGACGGAAACACUGUCACAGGCGAAUACAGCAUUCAGCUGGCUGAUGGCCGAAUGCGGACCGUCAAGUACACAGCUGACGAGAAUGGCUACCGAGCCGAAAUCGUAACCAAUGAAUUAGGCACAGAGUCAAAAAAUCCUGCUGAUGUAAUCAUCAAAUCAUCAGCCCCCACAGGGCCAGAUGCUGCGUUAGAGGGCUCACCGGCUGCAGUUGCUGCUCCUGCUCCUGCCCCUGCGCCUGCCGAGGUCGAGGCCACCGAGACCCCCGCUGCUAAAACUGACCCUGAUGACGCUUCGGCAUCUCAGCUGGAUCAUGUCUUCGUACAGUCGCCAACUGCCUACAACAGCGAGCGUCAGCAAAGACAAAAGUAUCGGUACUACGGAAGCAGAUACGCUCAGUAGCUGUGGCCGUAAAAUAGUUUUUUCCUGUUGAAUCAAGGUUUUCGGUACAUACCCGAGAAAGCCUCGUUAGCUUUGUGAUCUUUGCUCAUGCUUGUUUAGGCUAGAAUUAAGCAUGCAGGUGAAUUUGGUAUAUAGAGUCCUGUACCUAAUGCACCGAAACAAUCAGUAUCGUCAUAGCAAAUGCGAAUAGGAUAAACAAAAUCCAUCAUAUUCGAAUUCUGGGACCCGUAAUGCAGCACCGUAUGAGGUAAUUAUUCUACAAGAUAUUUCGUAUUUAAGAUAGUAAAAUAAGUUAUUCAGACGAAACUCAUAUUCGAGAACUUCUCCGGCCAGAGUUUGUACGGCGCAUUGUGUAGCACAGUAUGUGCGACAAACACUUGAACGCCAUCAUAUAAAAUGCGUCAAUCAUUCACCGUUUGUCAGCUUUGUUUGUGUACACCUGCCUAUCGUGUCCUUCGACUAUUGAUGGAUAUGUAUGCGUCUUUGUAAACCGCUCGUUCAAACUAUUUUCUGUCCACUCGACAUUCGUAUGUUAUUUUCUCUCUCAUCUCGAGAAGAUAUUGUUUGCAGUGUGCCCUCAUCCGCGUCAGCCGAAAAAAAAAACCAAAAAAAAAACUUGAUUGUGUUAUCGGACCUACUUUUCUAGUUAGUUUGUAUAACUUUUGAACAGUUAAAAUUUCUACAUAGAGAUGAAAGUUGUCCGAACUAUUCGCAUACACAGUGCACUAGAUGUAGCACUAAUACGUGUAACAUUAAUCUAAUAUAAUAAUUUAAGUUGGUUAUUUAUAGUAGUGACAAUUGUGUGCCGGAUUAUAGCUGGUACGGGUGGCGAUCGAAUCGCUCACCGUUACAACUAUUCUAUAUAAGCUUUCAGAUGUAAUUAUGUACGAUCGAAAGAUGGACGUCCGAUUAUGUACACUAAUAAUUCGUUAAAUAAACCAACGACAGUCAUA